GCCAGUUCCUUCUCGACCCUUCCAACCGUUCACGGUUUCGUACAACUCCUCUUUUUCCAAUUUCGUGAGAAGUAAAAGAAUAUUUUUGUAGGAGACAAACCAUUUAAGCUUCCUUUAUUGUUGCAUUUAAAAAAAAUCAAAACAAAAAAAUGUCAUUUUGGCAUGCUGUGGGCAGAUAGAAUUGGUCCAUUUGACAACACUCCAGUUUCGUGUUCUACUUUUCGCAGAGAUCAUGAAAUUCGGAAAUCACACGAGGAGAAGACUGUAGAGGUCGAGGAGAGAGUUGAACAAGUGCAAAGGCAAGGACAGAAAGAGUUACAAGAAACGAAAACGAAACACAAGAAAGAGCUUGCGAAGUUAAAGAAAGACCUGGAUGACGCAAACGCCUAUAAGAACAAGAUCAAAGAGUCAAACAAGAAAUUGGAAGAGAAAGUUAAGGAGUUAGAACAGCAGUUGGCAAAAAACAAAUCUAAAGUGAAAUCACAAAAGGUACAAAUGGAGCAGUUACGCAAAGCACAGAAAGCGAAAGAUAUUGAAGAGGAAGGUGCCAAGGGAAAAACUGAGCAUUUCGAGAAAGAGCUAAACAACUUGGAGCGUGUUAAAAACGAGUACAUGCGGAAAAACAGCGAACAAGCAAAAACAAUCGGCGAGUUUGUGUCGAAGUUUGCUGAUCUUCAAACAGAAUUAGAAACCUUAAUUCAAGCUCAGCGGGAUAAAGAGGAAGAACUUGAACGAGAGAAGAACCUCCGAAAAGAUGUGGAACAACGUUAUAAGAAGCUGCAGGCGCGGGAAAAAGACUUAGAGACGUCGAGAAAAGACACGGAGAGAAAAUUAGCAGAGGCCAACUUCGAAACACAACAGGUUUCAGAGAAUCUUCGUGAAGCUCAAGAAUGGUUCAAGACAAAAUUUGGGAAUUUACAGGCUGAAUUGGCGCGAUCAAGGAAAAUACAGGACGCGUUGGAAAAGCAAAACCGAGAGUCCUUUAAGAAACGAGACCACGAGAAAAGGAAGGUCGAUGAAGCCACCGAAAAAGCCAAAGAACUCAUGAGGGCGAGUCGAAUGACAAUCAGUAAACUUGCGAGUGACGUGGCCGAGAACCACUGGGAAACAAAAGGAAUGAAACACGCUCUACAGGCCGAGAGGGACUAUAACCUAAUGACCACACAAAAACUGGAAAGACUCAAGGAAUCGACAGCGCGACAAAUGGAAGGUUUAGCAAUUGAGCUGGAUACGUUGCGUCGUUCAGCUCACAGAUGACAGCAUUUUACAUCUUGAAAAUCAGCGUCUUAACACGGCCAGAAGUUUAUUCACAAUAAUAGUAAACAACUCUGCUCAACACACUCGCUCAUGUGUCAGUAAUGCCACGGACAGACUGUGUGGAUGUUUUCUUUCCCAAGAAACUUUCAAUGCGAACGUCACGCAAGACCCAGUUAAAUGCGCUUUCGAGUAACGUUGCACAAGUAGUCACGCAUCACGCCUCAGAUUUUAACUGGGAAUAAAACAGGUACAGUGUAGUCCUAUAAGCCCUUUGCACGAUCCGGUCACAUGGUGCAAAAUCACACAUGCUGGGAUGCAAGUUGCACAGUGGGACUUCCAAA